GUUCGAACAGCAAAGACGUUCAGAUCGGAACAAACCAAAACCAAAACCAAAAAGGGGAAAUCUUCCACCCAACAAAAUCUUAAAGUUCUUUCAAAUUAAAUAAACAGAAAUAUCUCUAGAUAUUUAUUAGUGCGAAAAUUUGUAUAAUUCGAAAGUGGUUAAAUUAAUGGCAAACAAAAUUGGUGUCGCAAUUGGUGUAUCCAUGAGAUUGUCGAGCUGAUGGUUAUGCAAUCGCUCGGAAGAUUCGACAGAUUCUAGAAAUCUAACCCAAAAUUAAGUGCUUCAGAAACUGAGGAGGUUCCAUCUCUAUCUACUGAUUGUGAAGAACCCUGAGAGUGGCUCAGCGAAAUGGUGGCACAAAUAUUCCUGCUGGUGAUUUGCUUCAUCUGCCUCAAGCAGUAUGCCAAGGGCGAAUUCCAACAAAGUCUAGAGAUCACAGACAUCAUGCCGGAGGACAUCAAACGCUACGACAAAAUGCGACCGCCCAAAAAGGAGGGCCAGCCCACGAUAGUCUAUUUCCAUGUGACGGUCAUGGGCCUGGACUCCAUCGAUGAGAACUCCAUGACCUACGUGGCGGAUGUGUUCUUUGCGCAGACCUGGAAGGAUCAUCGCCUGCGUCUGCCCGAGAACAUGACCCAAGAGUAUCGCCUGCUGGAGGUCGAUUGGCUGAAGAACAUGUGGCGGCCGGAUUCGUUCUUCAAGAAUGCCAAAUCGGUCACAUUCCAGACAAUGACCAUACCCAAUCACUACAUGUGGCUGUACAAGGACAAGACGAUCCUCUAUAUGGUCAAGCUGACCCUCAAGCUGUCGUGCAUCAUGAACUUUGCCAUCUAUCCGCACGACACACAGGAGUGCAAGCUGCAAAUGGAGAGCCUGUCCCACACCACGGAUGAUCUAAUCUUCCAGUGGGAUCCCACCACACCGCUGGUGGUGGACGAGAACAUAGAACUGCCCCAGGUGGCGCUGAUACGCAAUGAAACCGCGGACUGCACGCAGGUUUAUUCCACGGGCAACUUCACCUGCCUGGAGGUGGUCUUCACCCUGAAGCGGCGUCUCGUGUACUACGUUUUCAACACCUACAUACCCACCUGCAUGAUUGUGAUCAUGUCGUGGGUGUCCUUCUGGAUCAAGCCAGAGGCGGCUCCGGCCAGGGUCACCCUUGGGGUAACUUCCCUGCUCACACUGUCCACGCAACACGCCAAGUCGCAGUCCUCGCUGCCGCCUGUCUCCUACCUCAAGGCCGUGGAUGCCUUCAUGUCCGUUUGCACCGUGUUCGUGUUCAUGGCCCUCAUGGAGUACUGCCUGAUCAACAUUGUGCUGAGUGACACGCCCAUACCCAAGCCCAUUGCCUAUCCUCCCAAGCCAGUGGCCGGCGAGGGCCCAGCCAAAAAGGAUCCGGAAUCGGGUGGGGGUGGAGGUGCUGGCAAUCCGGCGGCCAGUAAGCCCACAAUGCUGCCACUGGCCGAUGAGAAGAUGGAGAAAAUUGAGAAGAUCUUCGACGAGAUGACCAAAAACAAGAGGAUUGUGACGACCACACGCCGUGUGGUGCGACCGCCCCUGGAUGCCGAUGGACCCUGGAUACCACGCCAGGAGUCGCAUAUCAUACUCACACCUGGCAUUGCUCCUCGGCCGCCGCCGCCGCCGCCGCCGUUGCCAGUGGAGCCGGAAUUGCCCAAGCCCAAGCUGACGCCCGCCCAGGAGCGUCUCAAGCGGGCGAUCUACAUCGAUCGGGCAUCGCGUGUGCUCUUCCCAGCGCUCUUUGCCAGCCUCAAUGGCAUCUAUUGGUGUGUGUUCUACGAGUAUCUGUAAUGUGAUGCUCCCCCACUGUCCCACUGUCCCCUUCUGAUCCCUCUCUGUACAUAUGCUCGCUCUUAAACGUUGAUUGUUCGCAUAUAUAUCGCAUAUAUCAGUAUCAGUAUAUCGUAUAUAUACUCGUAUAAAUAUAUCUCUUAACUGUUAAGCUUUCAGGCGCACAGAAGCUUUAAGUCGUAUGAAUUUUAAAACAUAGACAAAAAUAUUGUUGGACACACCACACACUCUGAGUAUAUUAAUAUUAAUAUUUAUUAAUUAUCAAUUAUUAUAAUCGAUGAACAAUACAAAAUUCCUGCAACAAGCUUCAAGGUUCAGAGAUUCCAGUUCCAGUGACGUUGUAGCUGCUGUAGCAUUAAGUGCAAAUCGAUCAAAUGUAAUUAAUUAAUGUCUCAACCAAACAAAUGCUUUUAAUUGUAAAUAAAUAGACAGAA